UAAUACAAAGCAACGUUUAUGACAUCGAGUGUGAUCGAGACAAUAUGACGUCAAAUAAGAAAGUUGAAAAAAAUAGUUGAACGAGUUUUUUUUAUGUAACUGUUUUUUGUUGUUAGAGAACUUAUCAGAAUGACUUCCGUAGAAGACAGCAAAUAUGGCAAAGCUUUAGUCGCUACAUCACACAUAAAAGCCGGUGAAGAGAUUUUAACAUUGAAUGGGGAAAUAGUGACAGAGCCAUCGGUAUACUCGGUACAAAUAAGCGAGAAUGAGCACGUCAAUACCGAUGGAAACCUACGUUUUGCAAAUCACAAAUGCAGAUCAGCAAAUGCCGCCUUUGACUUUACUACUGUCCCUUGGGUAUUAAAAGCUGUUCGAAACAUUGAGCCUAAUGAAUUUAUUUCUUUUGAUUACAACACAACCGAAUAUAAAAUAUCAAGCACGUUUGAUUGUAUAUGCGAUAGCAAUGAAUGUCGUGGCAAAGCGUUAGGUUUUCAUUAUUUGAGUGAUGAUGAAAAGGCAGAUAUGGUUGCAAAAGGAUUGUGUUCACCAGCCCUUCAGAAACUUUUUCUAAACGAAAAAUAAUGUGACAAAUAGACAAUUAUGUUUGUUUGAAUAAAUAUUAUAGUAAUCUCAA